AUGGGCAAGGUGCUGAACAAGCUCACCGAGAUCGCGGAGGAUAUCAAUUCCGAACCGGCCGUUUUCAUUCUCAAGGCCGCUGUCAUGUAUCCGACGGCGGCAAUCAUCUCCGUCGUCACCGCGAUGUUGGUGCCUUUAUCGCUUAAUAUACUUCGUAUCUGCAAGGAGCUGCAGGCACGACAGGUCAGUGUGAACGAUGUGGCGCCGGAGCCGAUGGAUACCCCGCGCAAGGUUACGAUCAAGCUCACCCUUGGGAACCUUGGAAUGAACAACCACUGA